GUAUUAUUUUUCUUUCGAUGCCGACAACACGAAAGGCAGCCAAGAAAGCAUCGAAGAAUUUUCAACCAGAUUCCAAAUAGAAAUCUUGAUUAAGCUGGAAUAUUUUCCUUCAGAAGCUUAAAAAAUAUUUUUCUUGCGUCGCUUUUGCGUUAGGGUUUUGGCCUCGAUUUUCUGACCUCGGCCCUCAUUUGAUGCUCAGCGAGUGACUUCGGACAGCAUAGUUGGUAUGAGUUCUGCCGACGAAAUGGACAGUCCGGUCAAGAGCGAGCCGAGAGACGCCUCGGUCGAAGACGAAGAAAUAAAAAAUUCUCCGGUUGAGGCAGAGGAGGAGUCGGGCAAUGACAAGUUCGACCCUCUGUCCAAGGAGGACCUGUCGGACGUUUCUGACCUUGAGAGCCACGACGGCCUGCAGGAGUCGAACAACAAAGCGUCUCCUCACAAAACGAUGCAGGACCAGCUGGAGACGGAAUUGGACUUUGAGGCCGAGGAGAAGGACGAGGAGCCGAAAAAGCAGGAAUUGAGCAAAAGAGACAAGUCGUCGAGCGCCAAAAAUGCAGAGAGAGCAGAUUCUAAACCUGAGGCCGGAGAGAUCAAGGAUGAUGAAAAUGAUCUCGAGGAGGGCGAAUGUACCGACGGCGAGGACGCUCGACCUGAGGAGGAGAGCAAACCGGUGUGUCGUUUUUACAAUCGGGGCCAGUGCACUUGGGGAGCAAACUGCAGAUUUGUUCAUCCCGGAGUAACGGAUAAGGGAAAUUACACCAUGUUUGACAUGGUCAGGCCUCUGGUACCAACAAAUGGGCCUCCAGGAUUCGACGUCCCGUAUGACAGGCCUUAUGGAUCAGGUCUGGGGUCAGGAGAACCUUUCGACGGACCACCUUUGGAGUCAGCUUGGGAAAGAGGUCUUCGACAUGCCAAGGAAAUGAUGAAGAAAGCUACCAGAAGGAAAGAAACGGAUAUGGAUUUUGAGGAAAAGAAAAUGAACCUGGGACUAGGGCAAGAAGAUCUUGACAAAGAAAACGAUUUCUACACCAGACCUGCCAGUCCUAUUCACAGAUUUGAGGAAAACGACGAAAGAUACGGACGGCCAAGCAGAGACGAUGAUUAUUACGCCCAAGAUGGCUGGAAGCGGUCUCAGGACGUCUCGCGUCGGCAGCUUGAAAAUUUCUACAAGCAGAGACAGAACCGAGAGUUCCGUGAGUCGAUGCGGGGCAAGGGCGAGAGAUCAAGUCGCAGAUCUCGAGACGCCUCCAGUUCGCCAGAGUCCUCAAAGGGCCACCACUCGGCAUCAAAAUAUAAGGACAAAGAAAGAGUCAAGGGACAACCCAAACAGAAACCUGAUGACUGGUCUGACCCGUGGAUGAGACAAAAAUCUCCCACCAGAAAGGGAACGUGGAAAAGAUCUCACUCCUCUGAAUCUUCAUACUCCUCAUCAAGUGGAUCGUCGACUGGAAGCUCCAGUUCGUCCCAUUCUAGAUUUUCUGGCCACUCACCGGCGCCGAAGAAAAGUGCUGUCGAGGCUAAUGUCUAUAGGUCCUCUAAAUAUGAGACGUCUGCUCCUCCCAAGCCAAAAGAACCCAGAGAGCCACCUGUGACCAAAAAACGCCAACCUGUCGACGAGUUGAUGCUCAAGAAAGGGUUCAAAUCUGAGAGAGGUAAAAAACGUCAUCACAGGUCUAGUUCCGGGUCAGGGUCUUCGUCCGCUUCGAACAGUUCAAUUUCGUCCAGCAGUGAUGACGAACGACUUCCCCCAAAAGAGAGAAGAGCAGAAACAGUCACAAAAAUUAAGGCAAUGGACGCAUUGAAAAUGUCUGGCCAGAAACAGCAGAUCAGACUCACACUACGGGACAGCGAAGCUCCUCCUAAAGCAGAAAUAGGUGCGGCCAAAAAGAGGCCUGUUGAGCCGCCAGCGCCCACUGUCGAAGCCAAGACUGGUGGGAAGAAGCCAGCGUCGCGAAGGGAGGAGCUGCUGAAGCAGCUGAAGGCGGUCGAAGAUGCAAUCAAGCGCAAAAAGGCCAAAACCAAUUAGCCGCUUUCCUUUUCAAUUGAGGUGAAGGACUUGGUGUCGCCCUAAAACUUAUAAGAAAACUCGUUUAUGUAAAACUCAUUUUUUUACACAUGUAAAAUUGAACCAACGCGGUCUUGUAGAUUAUUCGGACGCUGUCCGGAAUUGAAAUUAAAUUUAAAUGACCUACGGAAAAGUG